AUGUCGAAUGCCCGCAAGCUCAUCUUGAUCACGGGUGGAACCGGUUAUAUCGGAAACCACACAGAUACCUGUGACAGUCUACUCUCUAUCCAUUGGAGACACCGGGAUUCGCUGGAAACGCAGAUCGUCGCUGAUAUCACAAGACCCGGGGCCUUUGAUACGGCCGUUAAAGACGUUGAUGGAAUUGUGCAUAUGGCCUCUCCAUUCACGGACAAGAUCACCGACAACGAAAAAGAUUUGAUCAUACCAGCCAUUAAUGGUACAAAAGAGAUCUUACGAAGCACGAUUUCCUUUGCGCCGAACGUGAAGCGAGUUGUUUUGACUUCUUCGUUUGCCUCAAUUGCCGACUUUUCGAAGGGUCUACGACCGGGACAUGUGUAUGAGGAAUCGCAGUGGAGUCCUCUGACCUACCAGGCGACGAAAGAUAACAAGAUAGGUCUUGCCUAUGCAGGUAGUAAAAAGCUCGCGGAAGAAGCAGCUUGGCAGUUCGUGGAAACCUCGCCCGGCGUGAAUUUCUCUCUCGCAACCAUCAAUCCGACCAUGGUAUACGGCCCAGCGUUCCCUGGAUCAUUCCACCAACUAUGUUGCCUGCCUUUGGAUGUUAGGGAUGUUGCGAGAGCCCACCUUCUGGCAUUCGAGACAGACCAGCCACAGAGAUUCCUUAUUUCCGCAGGCGACUUCGACAAGCAGAAGGUCUGUGAUCUGCUCCGAGAUCAGAUUCCCGAACUGAAGAGUCGGGUGCCUGUCGGAAGUCCAGGGAAGCCAAGCGUUGGUGAGCACUACGAGAUCGACUGUUCCCGGGCUAGGAGCGUUUUUGGCAUCGAGUUUCGGUCCUUUGACGAGACCUUCUUGGAUAUGGGUCACGCUUUUAUAGAGAUGGAGAAUGCCGAAAAAUAG